UAUCCUUAUUACUGAAGACUGAAGACAGUCUGAAAAUUACGUUGGUGGUUUAAAAGUGGCGCUUUGACAGCACGCGCUCGGUAUGGUUCAUCUGGCACUUUCUCUAAAUGCCAUCCGUAAAGCUACAAAGUUGAACCGUUUGACCAACUUAUACCAGUCUUUUAAAUGUCGAAACCUAAGUUACACUAGCGGAUACACUAUUAUUGACCAUUCAUUCGAUGCGGUGGUUGUUGGUGCAGGUGGGGCGGGUUUACGUGCAGGUUUUGGCCUCGCAAAUGAGGGUUUCAAAACUGCAAUUAUAACAAAAUUAUUUCCUACCAGAUCUCACACCGUUGCUGCUCAGGGUGGAAUAAAUGCUGCUCUUGGGAAUAUGGAGCCUGAUGACUGGCGUUUCCAUAUGUAUGAUACAGUCAAAGGUUCCGAUUGGUUAGGUGACCAGGAUGCUAUUCAAUACAUGUGUGAAGAGGCCCCACAAGCCGUUAUCGAGUUGGAAAACUACGGAGUACCUUUUAGUCGCUUGGAGAACGGCAAAAUAUACCAGCGAGCAUUUGGUGGUCAAAGCAUAGACUAUGGGCGCGGCGGUCAGGCCCAUCGCUGUUGUGCAGUUGCGGAUCGAACUGGGCAUUCACUUUUGCAUACAUUAUAUGGUCGAUCAUUACGUUAUGACGCCACUUAUUUCAUUGAAUAUUUCGUAUUGGAUCUUCUCAUGGAAAAUGGCGAGUGUCGUGGUGUCAUUGCUGUGUGUUUAGAGGAUGGGACUUUGCAUCGUUUCCGUUCUAAAAAUACAGUUCUCGCUACAGGGGGUUACGGUCGUACAUACUUUUCCUGUACUUCAGCACAUACUUGUACCGGUGAUGGGACGGCAAUGGUCACACGGGCUGGGUUGCCUAAUCAAGACAUGGAGUUUGUUCAGUUUCAUCCCACAGGAAUUUAUGGGGCUGGGUGCUUAAUCACCGAGGGCUGUCGAGGUGAGGGUGGUUACCUCAUUAAUAGUAAAGGAGAGAGAUUUAUGGAGAGAUAUGCUCCUAAUGCUAAAGAUCUAGCUUCUCGCGACGUUGUGUCAAGAGCAAUGACAAUUGAGAUUCGCGAAGGACGAGGAGUUGGCCCUAGGAAAGACCACAUAUUUUUGCAACUUUCUCAUCUUCCGGCAGACCAACUACAAAGUCGACUUCCUGGUAUAUCGGAGACAGCAAAAAUAUUCGCAGGUGUUGAUGUUACAAGGGAUCCUAUUCCUGUGUUACCUACCGUCCACUAUAAUAUGGGGGGAAUUCCUACAAACUAUAAAGGACAGGUCCUGACUUAUGAUCCGAUUGCUAAGAAAGAUAAGAUUGUUCCUGGACUAUAUGCUGCUGGUGAAGCUGCUUGUGCAUCGGUUCACGGCGCUAAUAGACUAGGUGCCAACUCACUCCUUGACAUAGUUGUGUUUGGUCGUGCAUGUGCGCUUGACAUUGCUGCGAAAAAUAAGCCUGGAGACGCAGGUCCAGAGUUAAAACCAGAUACCGGGGAGGUCUCCAUCGCCAACUAUGAAAAACUCCGGACCGCAAAUGGAAAUUAUCCAAUUGCACAAGUCCGAUUAGAAAUGCAGCGAACAAUGCAAGAGUAUGCUGCAGUAUUUCGUGAUGGUCCUACUCUCAAAGAGGGCUGUAGAAAAAUGUAUGAAUUAUAUGCUUCUCGAAUGAAUGAUUUAAAAGUUAGUGAUCGCAGCAAAAUAUGGAAUAGCGAUCUAAUGGAAGCAUUAGAAUUACAGAAUCUGAUGCUAAACGCUUUACAGACUAUUGUUGGAGCUGAAGCCCGUAGAGAAUCGCGUGGUGCUCAUGCACGUGAAGACUUUCCUAAUCGGUUAGAUGAAUUCGAUUACUCUCAACCUAUUGAUGGACAAAAGCCUAAGCCAUUUGAAGAACAUUGGCGAAAACAUACUCUGUCUUAUCAGGAUGUUAAAACGGGUGCUGUAAAAUUGGAAUAUCGUCCUGUAAUUGAUACCACCUUGGAUUCUAAGAGCUGUCCAACUGUCCCUCCAAAACUACGCACUUAUUAGGUUAGUUAGAUUUUUUUAGCAGUUUGAAAUAUUGGUAAUGAGUUAAUUAUUUGUGAAACUCGGAUUAUUUAUCAUUUCUAACCCUCUUUCAUGGUGAAAAGUACAGUUCUGUUUUGUUUCAUGUUCGUAAGUUAAAGUGUUUCUCAGAAUUAUUCAUGCAUUUUUACGAUACCAUCAAGUUUCGUGCAUGGAAAUAAGAUUUGUUUAAACGCUUGAGGUUGACCAUUAUUCCUCUGGAUAAAAUUUCAGUAGUGUUAUAAUUUGCCCAGAUUGUUCGAAAUGUAUAGCGCUAAUACAUCACAUUUUUCAGAUCAACUCCGUCUUCUCAUUGUUCUAUCGAAAUUUAUAAUUUGUCGUUUGAAUGCUUAUUAUCUUGGCUCUUUUAAUGCUACUUUUUUGUAUCUGGUUGUCACUGAUUGUUAUGUCGGAAACACUUAACACUUAUACUCGGGACAAGGGUCCUCUGCAAUUCCUGCGACGCGAAAGUAAGAACACAAAGACGGGUAUAAGUGAUGAUUUAUUAACCCCAAAACACUAUGAAGACCCUAGUAGAAAAUACACUCAUUUAUAUAUUGAUUGUACACCCAUUUCGAUUAAUAAUUAAAAUGUAAUCACAUAUAUAACAAAUCACAUACUGAGCAUAGUUCAUGUCAAUGGAAUACAAGAAUAUCGUAUAUUAUACAGAAGAAAAUACCAUACUGGGAAAACAAAUCAAUUACUACACUGCAUUAUUAUUAUUAUUAUUUAAACAAAUAAACAUCGGUACAAGGAGGCACCAACCAGAUAUGCGUCACAUAAAACAUUCGAUUUGUGUGAGGGCUGUAAUACUGCCUGGGUGCCCAAACCGAAGCAGGUGGUUUUCUUAGGAGGCUACUCCCCGAACCUUCGACCUAAAGGCCUGACCCACAAGGCAGUGGAGCAUCGUGAGGAGAUGCAGUCCCAUGGUAGCCGGUGAUCAACGAUUAGUUCAUACGCCAUUUGUUCCCGCAGGAUACUGGAGCCCAUGUGCACCAUUGGUUUGGAAUCUGGUUAAAGCGCCGGACAUUCGCUUUUCGUCCUCUCAUUUUCGUAAACAACACCCCCGCCACGAGAAGGCAAUGAGUAGGACUUCCCUGGCAGAGGCUGUAUACGCGUGGCCGUGUAAGAGCAUUUCGAGAGGGAAGGCGGGCCCACCCCACUCCCGGCCAUACCAGGGCAUUUGGGGGCACUACACUGAGGAUCAUUCACUACACUGAAUGAUCCUCACGUUUAAUCAAAACGGAUGUACUGUUGAAUAAAACUCAUUAUAAGUAAUUCAAUCGAAAAUUGACUUUUCUUUCCAUCAUAUCAAGUAGUUUGUGUGAUUUUUUUUAUCUACAAAUAUUAAUUCUUUGAGCUUCCAAGUUGCAUUUGUAAAGAUAUCCUAAUCGCCUCAUUCUAUAAAUGUUCAUAGUAAUUUUUAAAGUUUGCGUAGUAGGUCUGACCCCAAGAUAAGUCACUUAGUGGUCCCACCUUGUGCAAACAUCCGAGGGAAUUUACAACUGACUUUUCGAUUACUUACACUCUUGGUAGAUAAUUAUUAAGUUAUUAAAAUGGACAUACAAUGGAAGUUUUAAUGAGAACCAGUCCGGUCAUUACACCACUCAGUUUUCUUGCAUAACAUUUUACUCAUCUUUACUUUUUUUAUUGAGAAUGUUGUAGAUAUAAUAUGGUUUGAUUUUAGUCUAAAUUUGCACUAUCUUUGUGUAUCGUAUAGAUCGGAAUGUUACUUUAAUAUUUAUUAGUUUGGACAAUAGGAAAUUUGACAUUGUGAACGCAUUGAAGGAUAGUUAGCUAUGGUUAUACAAAGAUAAUGUAGUAUGAAUAGAAUCAAUAAAUCUCAAGAUAAAAUUUUCAAUAUUCACAUCAUAGUAAGGAAUACGACUAACACUAAAAUUAGUUUUAAUCUAUUGAAACUGUAAAACAGCGUAACUAAUAAAUGAUAUUUAGGAAAUUUGCGAGAAGUUGAAUUUUUCUGUUGACUUACUAUUUCAGUUUUCUUUAUCAUAAUACUAACAAUUAAUUUCUUGUUUUGUUUUCUUAGCAUACUCAUUGCUUAGGAUGAAUUUUCCAAAUAUGUAGCUUAAUGAACUGGAGAUUUUCUUCCGUUCAUAUUCAAAAUAACUUCGAUACCACCUUUUUACACUAAUUAUUUACUUGAUAUUACAAUUUAUUUGUGAAUGCUUUUGUCUAAUUAUCGUUUUCAAUAAAACAUCUCUUUACCAAAUGUAUACUUGAACUGCUGCCUUUUUGUUUCUUGAUUCCAUGGUUUACAAAUGAUAAUCUACUUAUUCUUUAGAAUGUCAUAAACUCUUACCCACUAGUGUAUAUGGAUUCAGUUGUUUGUAUUUAAUGAUGUCUUAAUAAUAAGAGUUAACACUCAGCGUAGACUGCCUUGAAUAAUAAUUCGUACACAACUACCUAUUUAAAGUUCGCCUGUAGCUCUUCUAGAGUUACUGCCGGUCUCAA